UAUGCCGCCGAAAGCUUCAAAUUCAACGGAAGUUUGGAUUAACCCGAAGUUAAGUGUAAAAUUCCCAUUUGAACCAUACGAAUGUCAGAGGAUCUUCAUGAAGAACGUUGUCGAUGUACUGGAUAGAAAACUAGACGCAGCACUUGAAAGUCCCACGGGUACCGGAAAAACGCUGUCUCUUCUCUGUUCGACGCUCGCAUGGGUUCAACGUCAAAAAGAGACGAAGCCGCUGGAUUUUGCCACGUGGCAGACGUCAGGAGCCGGUGGAGCAGAAAAAACUGAUGAGAAAUUGAAGAGUGCAUACGUUCCGACGAUAUUUUAUGCAUCAAGAACACAUUCACAGUUGGAACAAGUUGUUCAUGAAUUGAAUAGAACUGAAUAUAAAUGGGUCAAAACCACAAUUCUAGGAUCCCGUGAACACUUCUGCAUCAAUCAAAAAGUCAAGAAAAUCAAAGAAUCCAAUCGACAGGCUCAUGUUUGUCGUGGAUUGGUCUCGAAGCGAGCAUGUCAUUAUUAUAAUAAAUUUGACGCGUGCACCACAGACAAAAUGACAGAAUUUUUGGAUAAAGGCGAAGCAAUGGAUAUUGAAGAUUUCGUGAAACUUGGAACUCAAAAUUCAUUAUGCCCAUAUUUCAUGUCUCGGCAACGUUCUGAAACUGCUGAACUCAUUCUUCUUCCCUACAACUACAUUAUCGAUCCAAAAAUGAGACGAAGAUACAAGCUGGACCUGAAAAAUUCAAUUGUGAUCUUCGAUGAGGCUCAUAAUCUAGAAUCAAUUUGCGAAUCCAAUGCAUCUGCUGAGCUCACUUCCACGUCAAUUGCUCUUUGUAUUGAAGAGCUGAAAAAGGUUCUGGCGUUGUUGGUAGAUGAAGAAGAGACUGCAAGAAGUGAAGCAGAUGCUGAAACUGGAGCAUUCGGAAGUGCAAAAAUUGAUUUAACAAAGAAAUUGAUUGAGAAUUUGAGAACUGAAGAUUUGAUGACAGUUUUAGAGAAAAUAUUUUCAUUGGAAGAAGAAAUGGAUAAAUUAUUUGGAUCAUCUCAAUUAAAAUCUGUACCACCAUUGAGUGGAAAAGCAAGUGACGGUGAAAUUCUUCUUGAAACUCUUGCAAAAGCUGGAUUCGAUGCAAAUUCUGUUGAACGGCUUGUUGAUGUUCUUCGAGAUGCCAUUUCUUAUCUUUUGUCUAAAAAUGAAGAAGUCGCUCUAACCGAAAAAGGAGAUGGAAUGGAAAAAGUGGCGGAUUUCUUGUUGUCCAUCUAUUCGACACACGCUCAAGAUGUUGCUGCUGCUGUUGGCGAGGAAACUGUUAAACUAGUUGAUCGAGUUGAUCCAAAAACUGUGGCUAGAAAUUGCAAAUUGUAUAUUCAAAAGGAUAAGGACAAUGAGAAGCUUACAAUCAAAUAUUUCUGUUUCCAAGCUUCAAUCUCGAUGAGAAUGCUCAAAAUGCGAGGAGUUCGAAAUGUUCUUCUGGCCAGUGGAACCCUUUCACCAAUACAGGCGUUCACUUAUAAUAUGGGAUUGAAUUUCGGUGCAAUUCUUGAGAAUGAGCAUGCUCUGAAGCAAGUUCCAGUUUUAACUUCAAUUGUGACACGUGGAAAACGAGGAGGACUCGCCGGUUCAUUCCAAAAUCGAAAAAAUCUGGAUUACGUGACAGGUGUAGCAGAAGCAUUGUUACGUGUCAUGGAAGUUAUUCCGCAAGGAAUUCUCAUUUUCUUCUCAUCAUAUUCUCAAAUGGAUGAACUUGUUGCGACGUGGAAAACGACGAAAUGGUCGAGUAAUUCGAAUGAAUCGUUUUGGGAAAAAAUGGAGAAGACGAAGAGAGUUGUGGUAGAACCAAGAGCUAAAGAAGAACUAGCUGCUAUUCGUCUGAGAUAUACACAAGGCGUCUCUGAACAACACGGCGCUGCUCUAUUAGCAGUUUGUCGUGGAAAAGUAUCAGAAGGAAUCGAUUUUUGUGAUGCCGAAUCAAGAGCCGUCAUUAUUAUUGGAAUCCCAUAUCCACCGAUUCAUGAUGAGAGAGUUGUUUUGAAGAAAAUGUAUUUGGACGAUCUGAUGGGCAGAAAAGACACGAAAUCUGAACGUCAAUCGUCUCAAGAUUGGUAUCAAAUGGAAGCGUUUAGAGCUGUAAAUCAAGCAAUCGGCCGAGUUCUUCGUCAUAAGGAUGAUUUUGGAACUGUUGUUCUGAUGGAUACACGUUAUGCUUCAGCAAAACCUGAAAUGUUUCCGAAAUGGCUCAGAAAUACGAUUUCUCGGAGUGACACUGAUGGGUGCGCUCUCAAGACAUCACGAUUUUUCAAAGAAAGAGGACAUUUGAUUGAGAAUUCGAAGACCGAAUACAUAAAAAAGCAGGCAAAACAGUGCAAAUCGUUCCGACAAGUGAAGCAAACAGCUGCAUCAGAUUCCAAAGAUGAUAUUAUUGAAAUCACAUUAGAAGAUAUGUUCUCGCCUGCAAAUAUGAAAUUGGAAAAGAAAGAAAUCACUAAAUUACGUCCUCCACAAUUGAUACCUUCAACUUCUUCAGUUUUCAGCCUACCAACGAACGAAGAUGAGCUGAAAAUCAAAAAAUGGGAGCAAGAAAACGAUAUUCAAUGCUUAUCUUCAAUACCCCUUGAAUCUAAUAAACGAAAGUUUAAAAUUGAAACACCAGGGCCAUCGACAUCUACGCUGACACAGAAAAGUGAACCACCAAAAAAGAAGAAAAUUCUGCUUUUGACACGAAAUACUCUACCUGAUGAAUAUCAAAAAGCAAUUGAAAUUCCAACUUCUGAACUUUUGAAAGAUAUGUCUGACGACAAUAAAAAGCAAUUUGCCACCACACUCAGAAGCUACAAAGCUGAAAGUAUCAGAUGGGAUGAAGUUUUUCAAAGAUUUCGGCCAAUUUUUGUUCCGCACAAGGCUGAUUUGUUUAUUGCUUGCUCCAACGUUCUCCGAUCGGAAGACAAAAUGAAAUAUCUGAAAAAGGCGCUUGAAUCGAAGAUCCACACAUAAUUUUCAUUUAUUUUUUUUUCUCUCGUAACAUUUCCUAACUCUCUAGAUCCUUUUACAUGUAAAACAUUAUUGACCGGUGUUUAAUUUUUAAAUUUGUUCCCUAAAUAAAUGCGAUCUCAUG